GCCCCGGGUCCUGCCUCCAGCCCCUCUCCUCCCUCCGCACGGCCCCCGUCCUGCCUCCAGCCCCUCUCCUCCCCCUGUGGGAGGACCUGCCGGGGGUAUAUGCAUUUCCAGUCCCUGGGCUCCAGCACUAGGAUCACAAUGUUUCAAAUUAAAAAGAUCUGCUGCAUCGGUGCCGGGUAUGUGGGGGGUCCGACAUGCAGCGUCAUCGCUCAGAUGUGCCCCGAUAUCAAGGUGACUGUGGUGGACAUUAACGAGACUCGAAUAAAUGCCUGGAAUUCAGACACCCUCCCCAUUUAUGAGCCCGGACUGAAAGAGGUGGUGGAGUCCUGCCGAGGCAAGAAUCUGUUUUACUCCACUGACAUUGAUGCAGCAAUAAAAGAGGCUGAUCUCGUGUUCCUUUCUGUUAACACCCCGACAAAAACAUAUGGUAUGGGAAAAGGUCGAGCUGCAGAUCUUAAAUACAUUGAAGCUUGCGCCCGAAGGAUUGUGCAGAACUCAAAUGGAUACAAGAUUGUGACUGAGAAGAGCACGGUGCCUGUGAGGGCUGCAGAGAGCAUCCGCCGGAUCUUUGAUGCCAACACGAAACCCAAUCUCAAUCUCCAGGUGCUGUCUAACCCAGAGUUCCUUGCGGAAGGAACAGCUAUUAAGGAUCUUAAAAACCCUGACAGGGUCUUAAUCGGAGGAGAUGAGACCCCUGAGGGACAGAAAGCCGUGCGUGCUCUGUGUGCUGUAUAUGAACACUGGGUUCCUUCCGAGAAGAUUAUAACAACCAACACUUGGUCUUCUGAGCUUUCUAAACUGGCUGCUAAUGCGUUCCUUGCUCAGAGGAUUAGCAGUAUUAACUCCAUCAGUGCCUUAUGUGAGGCAACUGGCGCUGAUGUAGAAGAAGUGGCCAGAGCUAUUGGAAUGGACCAGAGAAUUGGAAACAAGUUCCUUAAAGCCAGCGUCGGUUUUGGUGGUAGCUGCUUCCAGAAAGAUGUCCUGAAUCUGGUUUAUUUGUGUGAAGUUUUAAAUUUGCACGAAGUUGCAAAAUACUGGCAGCAGGUCAUUGACAUGAAUGACUAUCAGAGACGUAGGUUUACCUCAAGGAUCAUCGAUUCCCUCUUUAACACUGUAGCAGACAAAAAAAUUGCUGUAUUAGGUUUUGCAUUCAAGAAGGACACCGGUGACACAAGAGAGUCCUCCAGUAUCUACAUUAGUAAAUACCUACUGGAUGAAGGUGCCAAGCUGCACAUAUAUGAUCCCAAGGUACCAAGAGAACAGAUAGUCAUGGACUUAUCCCAGCCAGGAGUGGCCGCUGAUGACCGAGUGGAGAAGCUGGUCCACAUUUCCACAGAUCCAUACGAGGCCUGUGAAGGAGCUCAUGCUAUGGUCAUCUGCACAGAAUGGGACAUGUUCAAGGAAUUGGAUUUCCAUCGCAUUCAUUCUAAGAUGUUAAAGCCUGCAUUCAUAUUUGAUGGCCGCAGGGUUCUAGAUGACCUUCAUGGGGAGCUGCAGAACAUUGGAUUUCAGGUUGAGACCAUUGGGAAAAAGGUGGCGUCCAAGAGGAUCCCCUUCACACCGACGGCGGCUGACAUGCCCAAGAUUAACCUUGGUGAUGUGCCUCACAAGAAAGCCAGAGUCUAAAUCCUGUGCUGACCAUAGCUUUACAUGAACGCAACUGCAACUGUACAUGAACACGUCCUUUUAUCUGUCCGCUGGCUACUACACCUUCAGUAUUCUGACCCCCUUAAGCUGGCCAUACACAUUAAUCAUCCUCUCAAUAUGUAUGGGGGAUUCCUGUCUCUCUCUUGAUUGCAGGAGAAAGAAGGAUCAGGCAGUUGAAUUUCAACAUGCCCAAUCAUUUGGCUUAGGGAGCCGAGCUGCUAGAGAUGUCUGCAGCAGCUUUUUCCCUACUUCCCAUUCAUAAUACAAGUGGGUGGAGUAGGCAGGGAUAGCGGUCGGCUGAAUGUAUGGCCAGCUUACCAGACCUAUUGUUUCUCUUUCUAGGUACGUAGCACUUGGUUAAUUACUUGAUGCAAACAAUAGAUAAUUUAUUUGUAUAUAAUUCACUUUGUCCAUUACACUUCCAAAAAUCCUCACGUUGUGAUCUCUAAAGACCAAACAAGCAUUUUUGAUAUAUAUAUUUUUUAUAGACCUACAGAAUGUAACUCUUUUAAUUCUUUGAUGUGUAAUGGCUCAUGUAUAGAAAGAGGGCCCCCGCAGUAACUGUAUCCGGGCCCCUGUUUCACAUUGGGACAGCCAGGACUGGAUUUAGUGCAUUUUUUUUUUUUUGUAUACGGUUAUUUAAAAGGGACACUUUGUAUCAGAUCUAUUUUCGGAAGUUUUAUAUUUUUCUAAUCGGUUUUCACCAUUUAUUGUGCUGGGUCUGCCCCUGCACCCAUUCACAGUGUUUGGGGAGCAGGAGUGCGACAGGUCUGCGGUCUGAUCAUGAAGUCUUUGCAGUAUUUGAUAUGUAUCGACCUUGGUGACUAAGCCACUGGACAGUUAAACUUUUUUUGAACCAUAUAUUUUAUGUAUUAUCCCUUCUUCAGAUUAAAUUGAAUACACAAUAGCUGCUCAUUCGCACAAUGAAACAUUUUAUGGGAUAUUCCAGACCAUUAGCUUAAAACCAAACUUUCCAAAGACUGGGUGAAAAAAAAACUGGAAAAAAAAUUGUGACUAUGAAUCCAAGAUCCCAAUCAUUGAGUAAUCAAUAAAUCUGUUUUACAGUGACUGGUUUGGUAAACAGGACUAUAAAUAAAAUUAUUACAUUAGUCCCCAUUCUUUACACUCAUUAAAGGGGUAUUCCCAUCUUGUACAGUGAUGGAAUAUUGCUAGGAUAUGUUAUCAUGCUACGAUCGGUAGGGGUCUGACCUCUGGGACCUUCACCAAUCCUAAUGCAGCACUGAUUCCAAAAUAUGCCCCCAUCACUGUUCUUUCCUGCAUGGUAGCACUCCUGACUGUGAAAGGUACUGCAGCAGAUCCCGUUCAUUUGUAUGGGGCUGCACCAGUGAUGCAUCCCCUUCACUUUCAGGUGGAUGGACCUCUACUGAUAUCCUCAUGAUAUUCCAUCACUAUACAAAAUGGAAAUACCCCGUUAAAUACAAUGUGGGGGGAGCAAAACUAGUGCAAGGGUAAAACGGUGCAGUUGCUCCUUUCAUUUUCCAAACUGCAUCUGAGCUGGAUCUGGUUUGGCUGUUAGGAGCCGCUGUGGCACAUCCCCUUUGCAGAAGUUUUGCAAAAUCCACCCUGCAGUGCAUGUCCUGCACCAGUAUCUAGCGGCUAGCCUGUCUAUUCUUUGCUGCUGUCGCUGGAGGCAGACUGGUUCCUACAGAAACCCUGCCCGACAGCUACAGCCUUUACUAUGGGGUUGUCAGCAAGAUGUCCCUCGUAACCAUCCUGCAGGUUUUCUGGUUACGGCAAUGUAAACACUUUUUCCUGUCUUGCUGCCAUAUUGGUCAUUCUUCUUGUAAAGUGAAGCACUACUUUUGUGGAUCCUAAUCAGCCCCCAAUCUAAUCUGUAUAGUGUAAUGAUCGCUGAUUCUGAUGAUGUGAUUUGUAUAUUCCCGGUUCCCUCAUCGUGCUCCCACAAACUAGUAGUAAGAUGCAUUGAGAGGAUGGCCGAGAACCCGCACAUAAUGGAGAGGCCUUCAGGGGGAGUCCUAAUGCCUUUUAUUGCCUAUUUUCAGGAGCCCAGUGGAGGAAUGGGGUAUGGUGAUAUCGUUACCUCCUACAAUGCUCACUGACGUUUAGGAGCUGACAGUCACGUUGAGUAACCAUGGUUUUGCUUCACUAACAAUAUGAUGGGGGUCAUAGAAGUAAUUCUCUCUAGUGUCUAUGGGAUCAUGGUUAAGUCAAAAAAAAUUAUGUCAAAAUAAUUUCUAAAAUAAAGAAUUUGCAGCAAUAA